UCUCGCGCAUGCGCAGUGGGCACCCGGCUGUCAAAGUACCCGCUCCCCCUCCCUCCCUAAAGGUCCGCAGUGUCUGGUCAUGCCCUGUACUGUCUGCAGUCUCUGGUCAUCCUCUGUACUGUCUGCAGUCUCUGGUCAUCUCCUGUACUGUGUCCGCGGUCUCUGGUCAUCUCUUGUACUAUGUCCGCAGUCUCUGGUCCAUCUCCUGUACUAUGUCCGCAGUCUCUGGUCAUCUCUUGUACUGUGUCCGCAGUUUCUGGUCAACUCCUGUACUAUGUCCGCAGUCUCUGGUCAUCUCCUGUACUGUGUCUGCAGUCUCUGGUCCUUCUCCUGUACUGUGUCCGCAGUCUUUGGUCAUCUCUUGUACUGUCUGCAGUCUCUGGUCAUCUCCU